GGACAGGAAGACACAGCUGAUUGGCGGGGACGAGUGAUUUCCGUUUUCAUGGCAGAGUUCGUCCACGCAGGAACGAUGUGCUUUGUUUUCGUGAUUCUAAAAAUAAGUUUCAUUUAAUUUUGUCUGGGUUUUUUUUUGGAGGGAAAGUCUGUUCCUAAAAUGGCGACGUUAGUUCUGGACAACGGAGCUUAUACGGCGAAGAUUGGCUACAGUCUGGAGAAAGUCAGUGUCAUCCCAAACUGCCAGUUUCGCUCUAAAACGUCCAGAUUAAAAACCUUCACUGCCAAUCAGCUGGAUGAGAUCAAGGACCCGUCAGGUCUCUUCUACAUCCUCCCCUUCCAGAAGGGUUAUCUGGUCAACUGGGACGUCCAGAGGAAAGUGUGGGAUCAUCUGUUUGGAAAAGAGAUGUUUAAGGUGGAUUUCGCAGACACCAGCAUCAUCAUCACGGAGCCGUACUUCGACUUCACCUCCACGCAGGACUCAAUGAACGAGAUCCUGUUUGAGGAAUACCAGUUCCAGUCGGUCCUCAGGACAAAUGCUGGCUCUCUCAGCGCUCAUCACUACUUCCACACCAAACCGUCGGAGCUCUGCUGUUUGGUGGUCGACAGCGGCUUCUCCUUCACCCACAUCGCCCCCUACUGCCGCAGCAAGAAAAUGAAGGAGGGCAUCUGCAGGAUCAAUGUUGGAGGGAAACUGCUGACUAAUCACCUGAAGGAGAUCAUUUCAUAUCGACAGUUACACGUCAUGGAUGAAACUCAUGUGAUCAACCAGGUGAAAGAAGACGUCUGCUACGUCUCACAGCAGUUUUACAAGGACAUGGAGAUCGCACAGAUGAAGGGGGAGGAAAACACUGCGAUGAUCGAUUACGUCCUCCCAGAUUUCACCUCCAUCAAAAAAGGCUUCUGCAAGCCCCGAGAGGAAAUGGUCUUCAGUGGAAAGUAUAAGACAGGAGAGCAGAUCCUGAGGUUGGCCAAUGAGCGCUUUGCCGUUCCCGAGAUGCUCUUCCACCCGUCAGACAUCGGCAUCCAGGAGAUGGGAAUCCCAGAAGCCAUCGUCCACUCCAUCCAGUCCCUGCCAGAAGAGAUGCAGCCCCACUUCUACCAGAACAUUGUCCUGACUGGAGGGAACACUUUGUUCCCGGGCUUCAAGGAGCGACUGGAGGCGGAGCUGCGAUCACUCGUCCCCGCCCACUUGCCUGUGUCACUCCUGUUACCUGCAAACCCCAUCUGUUACUCUUGGGAAGGAGGGAAGUUGUUGGCUCACCAUCCAGACUAUGACGAGAUGGUGGUGACCAGAGAGGACUAUGACGAGAACGGACACUGUAUUUGUGAAGAAAAGUUUGAUAUUUGAUUUCUGUGUGUACAUAAACGCCAUGCCAGCUGUUUAUAUUUUA